AUGCAGUCGAUACAGACAAAGUACAAAUUAAUCUUCAAUCUCGUAGGUUUACUCCUGUUUUUGCAUCCGUGCCAUGGCAAGUUGAGAAUAGUCGGUGGCGAUUUAGCUGAGCCUGGUCAAUUCAAAUAUCACGUAGCUCUGGAAAGAGAGAGGGAUAGAUUCUAUUUCUGCGGCGGAGCCAUCGUGAGCGAUUGGCACGUCGUGACAGCCGCUCACUGUUUCGUGAAAAAUGGAGAUUUCAAGUGGCAAGACCAGAGACUCCAGGUCGUCGCGGGUCUCUUUGACUUGAAGAAACGAGAGUCAGCCGUAAUCCGCAGAAUCGAUAAAGUUUACGUGCCCACCCGCUACAUGUAUAACACUAAUUUGAGCGACAUAGCCAUGGUUCGGUUGGAGAAGCCAUUGGGCCUGGCCACGAAUCCAAACUUAACAGCCUUGAAGGCAGCUGACGCAAAACUACAGCUUGCGAAUAGAGAGGCUAUAGUGACGGGAUACGGCUACAAUCAAAUCGAAUUGAUACCCCUUGAAGAUGGUUUCGACGAGGUCGGCUAUUCGGAUGAGAAAUUGAGGUACGGUGUCACUCAAAUUUUCUCCAACAGCAUGUGCAAGAAGCUUUACGAGGCGGCAAUGGAGCCGAGUCCCCCGUUGGGAGUAAUCUGUGCCAAGAUGCGUCAGCGCGACCAAAACAAGGACGAGGGUGUUUGCUCGGGUGACAGCGGCUCGCCACUCGUGUACCAGGGCACAAAGAUCAUCGGUGUGGUGUCGGCCAAUCAAGAAAACUGCACCGACGCUUAUGUACCGACUAUGUACACCAGAAUUACGACGCAUCUGAGGUUCCUGUCGUCGGCCUUGAAAGACCUAGAGAGUCGGAAAAUUCGCACGUUCACAUAUUCGUCACAAUAUUCAUCCAUAGAAACCCAAGAGGCAUCGGUUAUGAAAGACCUCGAGAGUGAGGAAACUUCCACCAAUCCAUCACAAUUAUCUCCCGCAGAAACCAGCGAGGAGUCGAUCUUGAAAGACCUCGAGAGUGAGAAAAAUUAUACGUCCAGCUAUUCGUCACAAUUUUCUCCCAUAGAAACCGAAGAGGCAUCCGUCUUGAAAGCCCUUGAGAGUGAGAAAACUACCACCGAUUCGUCACAAUUGUCUACCACCGAAACCAACGAGGAUUCGGCCUCGACAGAAGUCGAUAGUGAGGAAAAUUCCACUUAUUCGUCACAAUUGUCUCUCAUAGAAACCGAAGAGGCAUCGGUUUUGAAAGACUUCGAGGAUGACAAAACGUCCAGCUAUUCAUCAGAAUUUUCGCCCCUAGAAAACGAAGAGACAUCGACCUUGAAAGACUUAGAGAGUGAGGAGAAUCAAACGUCUACUUAUUCAUCAGAAUUAUCUACCAUAGAAUCCAACGAAGCAUCCGACUUCAAAAACCUCGAGAGUGAGGAAAAUCAAACAUCCAGCUAUUCGUCAGAAUUUACUCCCUUAGAAAACGAAGAGACGUCGGCCUUGAAUGACCUCGAGAGUGAGGAAAAUCAAACGUCGAGCUAUUCGUCACAAUUUUCUCCCAUAGAAUUCAACGAGGUGUAG